CACCGUUUACACUUUCAUCCAUUGAAUUGCACGCGGUGCUCUGUCGUGCGCGAGACGCCGGUUCGAAACUUGAGUCGUCCGGUCUUAUCGUCAAACAAAAAUAAUUAUUCAAACAAAAAGGAGCUCGUGUUAUAGAAACUGACUUAGUGAUAUAAGUAUUCAGUGUUUGGCCAGCUUUUGUGAGUGCCGAGACUGUUGCGUGUACAAAAGCCUGAUUUUCUUCAAGUUUGGUGAUAAGUGAUGUACCACAACUGAGGCAUGGGCCAAACGGACGAGGUGCGCACCCGCGAGCGAGCGAGCCCCCGGCGACGCUCCCCGGACCUGCCACCGCUGCCGCCUCCGAUACAGCCCUGUAGCGGCUUCCUCGGCAACGGCAAAUCGGUAAUCCGUCCGAUCGCGUUCAAGCCGCUCGGCGGACGUCUGUCUGCGGGCGGGGAGCGGUAUGGUUCCACGCCGGUACUUGCAAGCAGACCGCCUUCUCACAUGACACUAUAUGGUAGUUCUUCAGAUGUUCGAGAAGCCCGCUGGUGCGGGUCGCCGCAGCCCGCAUCAUUAUCCGCUCUGCCGCCCGCCACGCUCUCCGCUCCGCUCCACCAACGUCACCACUCCGCUAUCGUGACGAAGUCAAAUUCUGUGCUGAGCGGCGCUGACAACAAGGAGCCCGCGCCUGCGCCGUCCCCUGCUGACUCCGGAGUCGCCGAGCUCGAGAGAGAUCAACAUGAUUAUAGUACAACCGACCGUUUACGGAGUCACGAGGUACGCGUGCGUGCACCACGUGGCCUCAUGCUGCAGAGCUACAGCACCCGCUCCAGGGACGAGAGGGACGCAGAGCUGGCCAGGGUCAGGAGGGACCGGGCGCUGCUGCGGCAACGACUGGAAGACACCGAGUGGAGUCUGUGCCAGAGGGCGGGCGAGAUAGCACUGUUGAAGAACCAGCUGAAAGAUGCUCAGAAUGAACAAACAGCCAAAGGCCACGAAUAUCUCACUCUAAAAGCAGACUGCCGCCAACUCAGAGAAGCUCUCGACAAGAAGGAAAAAGACAUAAUAAGGCUCCGAGCUGAAUCUGACGAGAAGGAAAAGAUCGUUAACCGACUUCAGAAAGAAGUUGACAGACUCACAAACGACCUAAUGGAAAGCGUUGCGGACUUAGCUAAAACAAAGGAGAACAGUAAAAACGAAAUAGAAAGACUAAAAACAGAGCUAAAAGAACUCAGGCAAGAGUUAUCGGAUGUAUCUCUAAGCGGUUACGAAGGUGUACAAUGUGGGAGGACCAUGCGAGAAAUAUACGAUGUUUGCAAAACGAAUGAAUACCAUUGGACAUCAAGUGAUAGUGCUUUAGAAGAUGCUGAAGUUCAAAGACUGAAUGGAGAACUGCCCGAUCCCUGCGGAGACCCGUGUCCAGCAAGUGCUGUUGUGGAAAGCCUCAAAUGUGAAUUGGAAAGCAAAGAAACCCAGUUCAACAACGAAAGGCGAAAAUGGUCGGAGGAAAAAGACAAAGUGCUAAGAUACCAGAAGCAAUUACAGCUGAAUUACGUACAGAUGUUUAAAAGAACACGCACCUUGGAAGCGGAAAUGGACGGCCUUAGAUUAGAACUGGAGUUGUGCAAUAAGAAUGCAAAGAACAUGAACAACCACGGGAAAACAAUAGAACUAUAAUUACACUACCAAAUUCUAUAGCGAUUAAUACCUAUUUAUAAUAGAGAAGGCUAUUUUUAUCUUGUAAAUAUUUAAUUUUAAAUUUUAUGAUGAUGUUUUCUUGCCCUUUAUUGUCAGUUUCCCUAACUUGCUAGAUAAGUUUGAGGCAUAAUACUCAGCUGACAAUGUCCGAAAUUAUUAACUUAUUGUACAUUUUAGUUGUUAUGAGAUGUUACGAGAGCAAACGUAAGUGCUAUAUUGAGUACAUUUACGUUUAUAUAAGAAAGUACCUAUACUAAGUAAAUAAAAGUAUUUUACAUAUU